GUCUGCGCAGGCGAAUUGAAGUUAGUCGUUAAAAUGGCGUCGGGGGCCAUUUCCAUGGCUAUGAGAAAGAUAUCCGAAUUAAGGGUCGUUGACCUUAAAUCUGAACUGAAACGAAGGUGUUUGGACACGUCGGGUGUUAAGAGUGUGCUUCUCGCCAGGCUGAAACGGGCUAUUGAAAAUGAAGAGGGAGACACUGGCAGUAUUGAAAUACACGUUCCUCCAGUAGGCACAUCUACUCGUAAAAGUGGAAAAGGCAAAGGAAGGAAAAUGGACUCAGAUGUAGACACUACCACGGAAGAUGAUAUGCCUUCCAAGGAAUCAGAGGGGUGUGACUCAGAGAGAGAUGUAACUGAUACAGAUGAUGGUACACACGGCAAAUGUAAGCCUGCACUCUGCGAGGACAUCACUCAGUCAGAGGCUGAGACGACGGCUGAGGUUGAACCAGAGACAGAGGCUGUGGUGGCUGAGGCGGAUGCCGAGCCAAAGGUGGAUGCUGAUAUAGAUGCAGAGCCAGAGGGGGUUGCAGAUGCUGAACAAGAGGCCAAAGCAGACUACGAGCCACAGGUUGAUGAUGAGGCUGAUCCCGACAGAGAUGCUCAGCCCGACAGAGAGGCUGAGGCCGACGUCAACGCAGAGGCUGAGCUCGACGCUGAGCCCGGCGUCGACGCAGAGGUUGAGCCCGACGUCGACGGAGAAGCUGAGCCCGACGCAGGGGCUGAGGGUGACUUCGAUGGGGAGCCCGAGCUGGAGUCUGAAGAAGAGAUGACUGCUGAAGCUAUGAAUUCAUCUAAAGAAGCUGAGGAUGAUCACCUAUCUGUGUCGAUCCAAAAUGAAGAUGCCAUCACCUUGGAUGUUGAUGGCGAUGAUCUUCUGGACACAGGUAAACAUGUGAAACUUCCAGAUUCAGAGGCUGAGAAGGGUACCGAUGAGCCCGAGGCCUCUGCCGGGAUGAGCCCAGAUGAUAUGAAGAUAGAAGACAAAGUUGGUAAGAAAGAUCAUGAUGAAUCAUGGGACGAGCACUCUAAGGACUGCAGAGAGGCCAUGAAGAAAGCUGAAGCAGGAGAUGAAGAAAAGGAUUCUGUGAAGAAAGGCCCCUCUACGGGAGUAUCAGGUCAAGCAAAGAGCUCUUCACGAGACAGAGAUGGUAAAGCUGCAAAGGAUGAAAACGUUGUUGGCGGCAGCAGCAGCAGCAUCAGCAGCUCUUCUCUUAACAUUUGGGUGAGCGGCCUAUCCUUCAACACCAAAGCAGCAGAUUUGAAGAACCUGUUUGGCAAAUAUGGGAAGGUUUUAAGUGCCAAGGUGCUAACGAAUGCACGCAGCCCUGGUUCAAAGUGUUACGGGCUGGUGACAAUGUCUUCUAGCGCAGAGGUGACACGAUGCAUCUCUCAACUGGACUGCACUGAGCUCGAUGGACAGGAAAUAUAUGUUGAAAGUGCCAAGAAUUACCCCUUUAAAAAAGAUUCUUCUAAGACUGAUAUGGAUGAGAAAGCGGGUAGCAAGUCAAGUGAAAAGCGCAGUUCGGCAGCGAUGAAGCUGUCCAAAUUACAGCCACCUCACAAAAAAGAAGACAAGAAAUCAGUGGAAAAGGACAAAGAUUCAUCAAAGGCAGCAAAAGGUGGCAAAUCUGAUUCUGGUUCUACUAAUUCAGCUCCAGGUCCUUCAAAGAGAGAUGACAGGUCCCGUGGACGGGCAAAGAGUCCAGGUGAUAUGGAGGACGAUGAGCAGACCAAAGGAAAGUCUAAUUUUGUCAAAAUGAGACCUUUUAGAAAAACAAGGUAUUUUGACAAGCCUUUUGUCAACAUGAAUGUUCAAAGGCGUCCCAAAUGGCUGAUUCCUCCUGAAGAGUUGGAGAUGAUUAAAGGGAAACAGCGGCCAUUUCCAAAGGUGGAAGGCUUUCUUCCUUUUAAGAAGAUAAUGGAGCAGAAGACCCGCGACCGAAUGGAGCGCUAUCGUAGAGCCACAGAGAUGCGCAGGCACCGUGAAAUUGCGGAACAGGUGCGCCGGGAACGCGAGUGUGAAGAGCGGGAGAACCUCUUCCGCGAGCGACAAAGGCUGGAGAUGGAAAGACAAAAACUGGAGAGAGAGCGCUUUGAGAGGGAAAAGCUUGAAAGAGAGCGAAUUCGCAUAGAGCAUGAGCGACGUAAGGAGGCAGAACAAAUGGUCCGUGAACAGGAACUCAGACGGCAGCAGGAGCACCUCCGCUUUGAGCAAGAGAAGAGGAAUCUCAAAAGAGGUCGUGAUAUUGAACAGAGUCGGAGAGACAAUACAUUCUGGAACAGCAAUAAGAAAAUUCAAUCGAGUGUGUCUGAUGGGCGUCCAAACCAAGGCCCUAACUUCAACCGGCAACAUAAUCGCUUCUCCAACUACAACCCGCGUGAGAAGGGUCGGUUCCCACAGGCGGCUGUGGAGCAGCCCAACGCAUAUGACAGGCGUAACCAAUUUGAAGGGGAGCCAGAUGCAAAGAAGAGCCGCCCCUCUCCUCAGACAGCGGGCGCUGGCUUUGAGCGCUACCCCAAGAAUUUUGAAGUGGUGCGCAGGGCCGACCCGUCUUCUUCACGCACUGAACUGCGUGACACCGACCGCAGGGAUCGAGAUGAGAGACGGCCCGUUCACAUGCACAACCGACCAGUGGGAAACAGAAUGUCCGGCAACAUGUCGCACCCCCGGUCCCCAAGGGAUGGAAGCCACAGCUGGAAGAAUGAAGCUAGCAUGAAUGCCAACAAGGGGGAUUUACGUGGACCCAUGCGAAUGCGUGCAGAACGCUCAGGUAGAGACGGCCUUGGUCCUUCACUCAGAGGAGGUUCCUCGGUCAGCCGAGGGAGGGGUUCUUUUAAUGAACGUGAUGGGGGAAGACCAAUGGUGAUGAAUGAUCAGCCUUUUAACUCAGGCCGCCAGGUGGUGGUGGAGCGUCACAACAGGGAGCAAGCCAUGAGGAAGGAGUGGAAUGGAGGCUCGGCUUCUCAAGGCGGAGGUUUCUCUAACAGCCGCAGGAUGAGCAAUAGCCGGGGCAGCAUGAUGUCACCUUCUGGUCACUCCUCUGGGAUGAGUCGGAUAGUACAAAUCACCAGCAGCUCUAUUCCCACUGGUGGCAACACGGGCGGGUUUAAGUCCUUCAAGGCAACUCGACCGUUCUAAUGUCGACCAAGGCCUGCCACUUAAAAACAAUUCAAACUGUGGACUAUCCUAAGCCUCUUUUUUUUUUUCUUCUUCUUCUUCUUCCUUUUUUUAAGAAUAACAUCGCUUUUAGGUGGCACCACAAUGUUAUCCAAUUUUAUUUUGUAUAAAAUGUUCAUUGUAGGCUACUUCUGCCAUUUUCGCUGUCUGGACAACCAUUCAACAGAUUUGUGUGUUAAUUGUAUUUCAGAGCAUAUUGUACAGAUAUAGUCUUGGUAACACAUUUUGAACUUCAUUUCUCUUGCAGUUGUCACAUAGUAAAUACCUGUUUUUGUUUUUAACAUGUUUUUUCUUUUCAAUUUAAUGAAGGCAGUCAUGUUUGCAAAAGUAAUUUUACAGUCAUGUAGCACAUCAAGGAAUAUUUGUUUCAUGGUUUUAUAUAAAAACCUGGAAUUUAAAGCUGUAACAGAUGCUUGCAUACCUUUCAUACUUAGUUGGACUGGAGCAUCUGAAAUAAAACAAUGUGUUACCAUAGAGCAUCUGAUGCUGACUUUUACAAAUGAUGACAACUGAUGAUUGCUCUUAAAUCUUUUUAUUAUCUCAGUAAUUCUAAUUCGGUUGAAUGUCCCUCGUCUAUAAGGCAUUUAGUUAAAUAUAUAUAUAUAUCACCAUUUACAUAAUGUGACUGCAAUGUGAAAGGCUACAUACAUUAUUUGGUCAUUGAUGUAAAGGGAUGCAAAAUGAAAGCACAAACGAGUUAACCUCCCAUGUUUGAAUACAACAGGAAAUGAAAAAAAUAACAGGUCAUACAUGAGAACAUUGCCAUGGCCAACAAAGCAUUUCUGUCAACAUUUUCCCAUACAACACAAAAGUGUGUGUGUGUGUGUGUGUGUGUGUGUGUGUCUCCCUCCCUUGGAAGUGUACAGCACUUGGGUUGUGUUUUCAACUAACCUGGACAUAAUUUGCAACAAAUUCUCAUUAAGUUGCUCUUUAAAAGCCAGAACAUUUAAAACAGCCCUUUUCAUAAUGUUCAACUCAUAUAUCAGCUGGCUUGUAAGAUUGCUACCAAGUUUAGAUAACUCUUGUGGCCAUUAGUCUGCUUUUAAAAGGCACCCCUGAAGGGCCCUUUGCACACUUUGUCAUGUUCCAUACAAAAUGAGGUAUGUUGCUUUGCUCUUAGUGCAUAUUAACGUGACAGUGCAAAAAACAAACGACAACCACUACUAAGUUCCAACGUGUACACAUUUUACAGCAUUUACCUCAAUAUCACUUUAUACAAUGCAAACCAAGUACAAUGACACAAUAAAAUCCUUAUCAAUUGAACUUGUCAGGUGUGAAACAUACACAUUUGACUAGGAAACAUUAAAAACUGAGGGGAAUAACGGAUGGGAUCGUGGUAAGUCAAAAAUAAUUAAAAAAAAAGGCUCUGCUCACUUAUCAAAAGACAAACCCUCACCAAUGUGAUUACUUUUUUUUUUAAAAUGUAAGCCUCCUUCACUGAGCUGAUGAACAGAAGUAAUACAAAAGGUUGCCCCCUCCCCCCGCCACAUUUUUAGUAAAAACAUAUAUACACACAAGUGUAUAUAUACCACAAAGGUAAAAAAAAAAAAACUGUUACAGAACAAAAAUGGCAUGAGUGAUGUAACACUCGCAUUUAUCCGGGCUUGGGACCGGCACUGGUCUUCUCCAGGUUUUGGGGCCCUGGGUGGGAAUUUAACCCACGCCGUCUGCUUGGAAGAAGUGUGUACUAUUACACACCAGAUGAUUGCUUUUUUAUAUUUUAAAUAAAAUACAAUCAUUAGCAUUUAAUAAUAUUAAUAAACUGGUGGUGUAAUGAUACACGCUGCUUUCAUGGCGGGGCAUACGGGUUCAAUUUCAGGCCAGAGUUGUGCCAGGAAGGGCAGCCGGUGUAAAACAAGCCACAACGUCAGCGAUUGACUCGCUGUGGCGUCCCCAGCCGAAUUAUUCUAAUUCUAACCAAAAGAGAAACUUACAUUGAUUUCCAAGGCAUGGUGCACAACAGUGAUUUUACCAUUCAACAACAAUAAAAUAUGGGAAAGAACACAUCUAACAUCUCAAAAGGAUGUGGAAAUUGAAAGUUGGAACGUUUUUGGCCAUAAUUCCAAAAGGAAUCUUUGGCACAAAACCUCCAGGCAACUGCUUUUAGCGGAACAAAAACCAAAACACACUUACUGUAAAUCAAUUACAUGUUGGAAUGGCCCAGCUAUAGCUUAGACCUAAAUCAAACUGAAAAUCUAGGGGGUGACCUGAAAAGGACCAAACAUGGGAGGUGCCCUUGCAAUCUGACAGAUUUAUAAAAUGAUGAUGAUAAACGGUGCAUUCUUUAUACCAACACAUAUCUUUUUACCAAUCAAGUACUUUGUUAAUCAACUGAAUUGUACAUGGAUUUCAGGAACUGCGGGAAGUGGGCUGUUGAAUUUUUAUAUUCGCUGCAAGUAAAACCCUGUUGAAAGAACGC